GAGAUGAUACUGUAAAACUCUGGGACAUUAGAAAUUUUAAAGAGCCAUUAAAAGUAAAAACAGAUCUUCCUAAUUUCUUCCCAGUGUAA